AUGAUUGAAACUAGAUCAAAGCGUGGCAACCCAGCUAGGACAACGACAUGGACAGAUUUGGAACAAGUGGAGAGUGUCUUUGUGGAGAUCCUAUCGCGUCUGCCACUACAGUCUAUCCGAUCAUUUCGAACUUUGAACAAGCACUGGUACGGCUCCAUUACGAACCGUUUUUUUGCUAGAAUGCAGCUUUGUAGAUCUAAGGAGAAGCCUUUGUGUGUUACAUGUCCAUGCAUGGAUACUAGGAUGGUAUUGGAUACGAUGGAACCAAGGAGUUUCAGAAGAUUUCACCUGAAUACGAUUGAUUUAGCUGAAUCCAUGUACAUGGUAUCUUCCUUCAACGGACUUAUCUGUUGUGUUAAUUGGGUCAGGGUCAGAGAAGCAAACGAGUUCUGUGAUCUAAAGAUAUGGAUAGUUAACCCUUGUACAGGGGAAACUUUGCUUCUUCCCCAAGGGAGACCUUCGUUUCAGUUUGAGCCAAGUGUUGGAGUUGCUUAUGGCUCCACUGACUACAAUGUUUUCCGUAUAUACUGCUCUGGAAAAAAAGUUCCUGAAGAAAUGGUAUUUGAGAGAUAUGAUUUCCGUGAAGGUCAAUUGGAUACGGUGUACCGUUACACUCUCGCUUAUGAAUGUGAGGUGUAUUCAUCCAUCACUGGUGUUUGGGAAAACAUAGGCCAUGUGCCUUGCGUUCCAAUGUAUCUCCAUCUUAGCCCGUUUAGCUGUGGCCAUGUAUUUGUGGGAGGAAAGAUUUAUUGGCUGUCUUCAUUAGAUGAUGAAGGUGCAAUCCUUAGUGUGGAUCUUGAAGGGAGGUUUGAGGUUAUUCAGUUGUCUCUUUAUGAAGGUGAUCAAAAAGAGGAAGACAUGAUCACUGAAGCAACUUAUCUCAUUAAUAUACAAGGAUGUCUCUCUGUUGUUAUUCUACAUCCGGAGCACAUGGAUGUGUGGAUAAGAAAGGGAAGCGGGGAAAAUGUUAGUUGGAUACUUCUAUGCUAA